AUGUUAAGCUACAUGCAGGACAACUGGAACUUCCGCGAAUGGGAACUCCCAACGGUGGCAUAUAUGCUUCAGAAGUGGGUGGGGAAAGUGUAUCUGCUGCUUACAUAUGGUAUAUGCACUACAACUGGACUACAGCAUCUCAAAUCAUUCAUGGGGGCCCUCAGAUUCACAGAUAACUGUGUAAGUGGAAUAGUUACUGAAAACUGGAAGCAGAUGAUGGGUAAUAUCGUCUUCCUGUCCUAUUGUGUGGUGACGACCACCAUGCUUGUGGUAGCGCGAAAAGAUAAUCUCGAUAUGUUUGCGACGUUGAUCCUCCUUGUCCUCGUCCUCUACAAGUCGAUAGUAGCCCUCCAGUUCGUCUUUCUGGUUUUGGAGCUACGAGAGAGGUUCCAGAGUAUUAACGCCAGUAUAAGAGACUCGUUGCCGCCACUCAGCGUGCCAGAGCUUCGUGCAGUAUUUGGGGUUGGGAAGGAGCAAGUGUCACCACAGGCCACCUCUGGCAGACUGCGACAGCUCAGGGAUGCGUACGUGGUGCUGAUGCACGCAGGGGAGACCCUGCAGCGGCACUUCGGCCUGCCAGUGGCCCUGAAUAUCGCCCAUUGCGUGGGUGGCAUCACGUUCUACGCCUACGGGAUGCUGAGCCCGGCCGGGACGCGGCAGUCGCCCUACCGGGGGGUCAGCUUGUCUGUGCUGUGGCUGGCCCACCACUCGCUGCGGCUAGUUGUGACGUCACUGGCGUGCGCGGCCACUGCUGACGCUGCAGCCGACACGGGGCCACUGCUGCUCAGGGCGUCCGCCGUCUGCGACUGGCGCAGUCCAGAGCUGGACGCCUUCAUGCGGCUGACGCUUCGAGGACCACAACUGCGCUUCACCGCCGCCGGACUGUUCGUCGUCGAUAGGCGCCUGCUGGUCUCUGCCCUCGCCGUGGUAGUCACCUACCUAGUCAUCCUGGGACAGCAGUGA